AUGUCGUCUAGUCGUUCUCGAGCAUCACUGGGUACAUCUCAGUAUAGUGAACGAAGAGAGUUCGAUAGUUUAUUUAGAGAUUUCAACGAAAUGUUGCAAUUUGCCGUACGAGGGAUUACUUUCGCAACAGAAGCGGCAACUGACCUUGAAGAGGCUGAGGAACAAGAGGAGCUCAAUCAACUAGAUGUUAUUGUGAGGGAUUAUAUUGAUCUAGAUAAUCGAAUUAAUUUCCAAAGAACCUCACUUAACACUCUUAAAAUUAAGGAUCUUGUGGAGGAUUAUGAGUCACAAUUGGAUGAUGCUUUAAAAAAGUACGAAUCCAAAUCCGAGAAUGAAAAAUAUUUUCAAAAUGAAAAUUAUAUCGAAUUUCGACAAAAAAUUUGGGAUGUUAACCAUCCUGAUGAAACCAUGCCUCCACUAGAUAAAGAAGCCGAUGAUGAAAUUGUAAUGGGAAAACAAAAAGAAUCUUUAUAUUGUCCGAUUACAACUUUAUUGUUGGAAGAACCAGUUACAAGUAAUGUGUGUAAACAUACAUUUUCAAAAGAUGCUAUCAUGCAGUUAAUAAGGCGUAAUAUGAAUUCUGUCCCAUGCCCAAUGACUGGUUGCGAUAAGUACAUUAUGGAACAUAAUCUGCAUCCAAACAAACGAAUAGAACGAAAAGUACAGCUAUAUAAGGCGCAAUCUGAGGAUCCUAUGGAUGAUGUUGAGGUCUCGAACGUCAUUACUUAUAUCUUGGUCUUGACAGUUAAUUCCUACUUUGAAGCUUUCAAAGAACGACCAGGUGACGACGACGGUAGUGAUUUUAAGGGAAACCAUAGUCAUGACGCUCCGUACACACAUAUUUUACCAGCUACGUAUACUUUUGGAAUUUGGGGACUCAUUUAUGCUUUACUUGGUGGAUUCAUUAUUUACCAAUGGACCGAACCAGCUGACAGUGCCACCGUCGACGGUGUAAAAUAUUAUCUUAUUCUCGCAAAUCUCGGAAAUAUAAUCUGGCUUUUUAUAUGGCGAUUAGAAUUUUAUAUUCUAGACGCCUUUGUUGCCGCAUGCAUGUUAUUAGUUUUGAUAUUUUCAUAUAUCAAUCUUGAAUAUUAUCCUCCUAAAAAUAUUUUUGACCGUCUCUUUGUCCAUUACCCUUUCACUAUCUAUCCUGCAUGGGUCUUGUUUGCUACUAUCCUAAACUUUUGGGUCGCAUUUAAAGCGAUCGAUACUGUAUUCUUUUCCACCAUUAUAGUCGCCGCCAUUGGAAUUGUUGGUGUAUCAUUUGUUGACUAUCAUAAGCGCAAAGAUGUUCUCUUCUCUGGUACUCUUGCUUGGUCUCUUAUUGGUGUUGCCAUUAGACAAUAUAAAUCAAUACCAAUUCUUAUUGCGGCCUCUGUAUCUUCUGGUCUUAUCAUUGGUGGCAUCUUGAGAAUCACAGUUCAUAAAAUUACCGCUUGGUAUCAUUUACGUUCACAAUCCGCUAGCGUGAGCGAGAAUCUCAAAAGUGAACCUGAAGCAGUAAAGACAUCAACUUCGAACGCUUGGGACCAACUAGCGCCAACGCAGAUGAACAGUGAGGUGCUUAUUGAACGAACGUUUAGAACUCGUUCAAAAUCAGUUUCUCAUUCAACAAGCACUCACCAGACUGCAAAGUUAAACUGUGCUACUGAAGAUGAGAACUCGCUUGUUACUACUGAAGUGCAAUCUUGGGAGACUACUUUAGAAAAAGCUAUUAAAGCAAUUGUUUCAAUCAAAGCCAACCACGUAAGAAGUUUUGAUACUGAGACUUCAGGCGAUUAUUCAGCUACAGGUUUUAUCGUUGAUGCUGAAAGAGGUCUGAUCCUCUCAAACCGUCACGUAGUUUCACCAGCCCCUAUCGUAGCUCAGGCUGUUUUUACUAAUUAUGAAGAAGUAGAAUUAAAACCUAUAUACCGCGAUCCAAUUCAUGAUUUCGGUUUCCUUAAAUUUGAUCCUAAAAAAGUAAAAUUUAUGGAUCUUGUUCAAAUACCUCUAAGUCCGGAAAAAGCAAAAGUAGGAUUAGAAAUUAGAGUCGUAGGUAAUGAUGCUGGUGAAAAAUUGUCAAUCUUAUCAGGCACCUUGGCUAGGCUUGAUAGGAGAGCACCAGAAUAUGGUGUUGGUGAAUAUAAUGAUUUCAAUACUUUUUAUUUGCAAGCUGCGUCAGGAACUAGUGGUGGAUCAUCGGGAAGUCCUGUGCUUGAUAUUGAUGGACAUGCCGUAGCCCUAAAUUCCGGUAGUGCUAGCAGAGCUGCAUCCAGUUUUUAUCUCCCUUUAGAUAGGGUGAGACGUGCACUCCAAUUUUUACAAGAAGGAAAAAGUGUGCCUCGUGGCACCAUUCAGACCGAAUUUGAACAUAUGCCUUAUGAUGAACUCCGCCAUUUAGGUCUUGACUCUAGUAUUGAAGAAAAAGUUAGAGAAGAGUUUCCAGAUGAAACUGGUUUAUUGGUUGUUCGCGUAGUUUUACCGAAAGGUCCAGCUGAUAACAUUUUAAUUCCGGGUGACAUAGUAAUUGCGGCUAAUAAAGAAACUGUCACUGAUUUUCUUGGUCUGUUUUCGCUUAUUGAUGAUUCUAUCGGUAAAGAGAUUCGUCUCACCAUAUGUCGAAACAAAAUGAUUGAAGAAGUUACUGUUCGUGUGCAAGAUCUUCAUGGGAUUACACCAAAUAGAUUUGUAGAAAUUGGUGGUGGUGUUGUGAAUGAAUUGUCAUAUCAACUGGCGCAUUCUUAUUCUCAACCCGUUGGUGGUCCUUUUAUUGCCGCAAGUGGUCAUAUGCUCGGUGGAGCAUCGGCUUACCGUGAAUGCAUUAUUGUCAGCGUCAAUAAUCAACUGACUCCCAAUUUAGAUGAAUUCAUUAGUGUAAUGAAAACACUUUCAGAUGGUGCAAGAGUUCCUAUAAGGUUUUAUUCUCUUUCCAAAAUUCAUAAAGAAUAUGUUACAAUUAUGAACGUAGAUCGACAUUGGCACAAAUUCCAAGUAGCAGUUCGCGAUGAUACCUCCGGCUUAUGGAAUUAUACCGUAAUGCCACCGCCUCCGAUCGUUCAUUCAUAUGAACCAAUAACCGCAUCAUAUCAAACUUUACAUACCUCAUUGGGCCCUGCCGGAAAAGUUUGGCCUUCGUUCGUGUUACUUGAAUACCGCCUACCUUAUCUAGUGGAUGGAAUGCUAAGAAAGCAGUUUUAUGGUGUUGGCAUAAUUUUCUCUAUUAAUCCACCGUUGGUCGUUUGUGAUCGUGAUACUAUUCCUAUAGGCAUUGGCGAUAUUUUUAUUACUUUUGGUAAUAGCGUAAUUAUACCAGGAAAAAUUCUUUAUCUACAUCCCUUAUACAAUUACGCAGUCCUCACAUAUGAUCCAAAGCUCUUGGGCGAUACGCCAGUUCGUGCAAUUGAAUUUAGUGAUAAAGAAUUAGAUCAAGGUGAUGAAGUGUAUCUUGUAAGCGUGGCAGGUGAUUCAUCACCUGUAAUGAAGAAAACUUAUGUAAAUCAUAUUGGUGAUGUCGAUACAAGAGAAUGUAACCCUCCAAGGUGGAGAGCCAUGAAUGUCGAAGGAAUAACUGUAGAUGAUGCUAUAGGAACGCAAGGGGGCGUCUUGUGUGAAUCCAAUGGUAGGGUGCACGCCCUUUGGCUCAAAUAUUCAUCCCAGAAUGAUAGCGAGAAUGACUACAUAUUCUUUUGUGGUCUUCCCGUAUCAAUAGUACGACCUACCAUAGAAAUGAUCAAAAUUAGGAAAUAUCCACAAUUACGUGGGCUAAAUGUAGAAUUUUGGACACGAAGAAUAGCUACAGCUCGUGCUUAUGGGCUUUCUAUAGAAUGGAUAAAAAAAAUAGAAUCUGCGCCAAAAUCAAAACAUACUAUGCUAUACGUGUUAAAUAUACUGGAUUUUACAAGUCCAGCUGGUAAACUUUUGAAAGUUGGUGACAUUGUACUGAUGAUGAACGGUCGUUUAGUGACUAGGAUGGCUGAUUUAGCGGUUGCUUAUCAUCAAUCCGAAGAAGUAGAUAUG